AUGGUACCUCGAAGGUCAGCUGAAAGUACCUCGGAGGAUAGCUCGAGUCCAACCCAACCAUUCCUUGAACAACAGAUCCCUUUGAAAGAGAAAUCCCUGGGGCCGCUGAGGGACAGGCUCACCUGGAUCAUCCACAUUCUGGCCUUCUGUGUUUCUCUUUCGCUGGCCCUAAUUGCAUUUACCAUGGAGCCAAGCACUCUACAAUGUACUCACCAACUGUCACCAUACUCUCCUCUUAUUGAAGAAGGGCUUAUCAAAUAUGAUUCCAAACCUUUCGAAAACGAAUUCGAAAAACCUUCGAACUAUCGGGGACAACCCAGCAAUCUUACUGAAUCAUCAUGGAAAGCGCUCUGGGAAACUCCUGCUAUCGGGGUGCCAAGAGACAAACUAGAAUUACUCAAUAAGUCCGGUCCGGCAAGGUUGAACUGGUUCCCCGCGCCUCCAGCUCUUGAUCACAAGGCUGGGGAUGCAUUCGCUGCCUUGGUUGAGGUCUUCCACCAGUUACAUUGCAUAAAUACACUCCGCUUGGAAGUCCAUAAGAAUAGCUACUACGACCAUUUUGGUGAAUGGCCAGAUGGAAGUGGCCCUGGGAAUGAAGCAGUAAAGAAGACCCAUAUAGAUCACUGUAUUGAACUCCUGCGCAUUACCCUUAUGUGCGUGUCGGACGUGACACCCUUAAUGUUUAUAGAUGACCCCCAUGCCUUUCAGAGACGCACCCCUGAUUUCAAUACCAUGCACACGUGUCGGAACUUCUGGGAGAUCCGCGAAUGGGUUGAGACAAUGGGCCUACCUCCAUUGUCCUGA